AUGGGGUUCAAGUUGAUGUUUUCACCAAAGGACAUCAGCGCCAAGCCGGCUGGGAGGACCCCUGCACCUGCCAGCUGCCAGCUGGCCAAGCAAGCCCUGGCCCCAAACCAGACCUGGGCAGCUAUAUCGGGCUUCCCAAGGGUCCAGCAGCCCAGCAGCCCCGUGGAGAAAGCUGCUGGGCCCCCUCUGCCUGCGCGCUCGGCGCACGCCGCGCUUCUGGAAUACGAAGUCGGCCUGGAGCGAGCGGGCGAAUCGAGUGCGGAUCCGGAGUCCGACGACAUCGUCAUGUUGCUGCGCGGCGGAAAGCGGCGUCCAGGGAAGGUCGUGGCGAGGCUGUGCAUGCCCGUCUUCGUCGACGAGCAGCGAGCAGCCAACACGGGCGGAUGA